AUGUUCUGGCUACAGCACCACUGGUGUCUCUAUAUCUGCUGGCUCGUCCAACUGCCAGCCAUGUGCUGCUUCGUCCCCUUAGCUUUGCUCGCCUGGGCAUUUGGUCACGACUCACCCAAAUACGGUGCUGAGGACCAACUCAUCAUCAGCCUUUGCUUCAUCAUGAUCCUCGUGUACGUCUACCAAAUCUUCUUCUACUUCCUCCAUCGCUUGGCCGCCACACGCAUGCUGUGCGUGCAGAUUUACCAAAGCAUUUUCGUCGCGAUCUUCAUAUUCUACUUUCGCGCUGUGUUGUUCCCGUUUCACUCGCCUCCGGACGACUGGCUGCCUGUUGCUCGGGCAAUUUGGAUAGGCCUGCCGGUGACCUUGUAA